CAUUCCGGUCUUAUGACGUUAUCCCGCCGACCAUGGUUUUCCCGAAGCCGUUGUUUGCCUGAUCGGGCAAGAGGUUAUUCGACACGCAGAGCCUGGGUUUCGCUCGUCAUUGGAUACCACGAGUGGACAUGGUGACUCUGGAGCUAGGCACAAUCCCCGAAAACUGUCAUUGAUGAUUUCUUCGCUGCGACUUGAUUUCCGACGUAUAAGAAGACAUCCUUCCUUGGUUGUCCCGCGGAGAUCACUCAGCCUGGCGUGCUCACGACCGCAGGUAUCAAUUCAGGAUCUGGAGUAGUACUUAAUCUCACUGCUGCGCUAGGUUUCCCUUUGUUAUAUUUUUUUGCAGUGUACAUCUAUACCUCUUGAGAUAGGAACAGUCUCGGUGAAAGCUCGGGGAUUUCCUCAAUCCCGAAUUGCCCGAUAGGCAGCGACCAUCAUGGGUGAAAUCAGCCCUGCUCAAGUUGAUGGGAUCUCGAUCCAUAGAAUCCCCAAGCCUACAAGUCCUGUGCGCGAUAUUGAAAGCGAAGUGGAAGAUCAAUGGAUUGGUCUGAUGUGUAUCUUACAAGGCCUGCGGCGUGUCACUACACCAGAUCUUGACGAACCCAUCAUCAAAAAGUCCACUCAGCAAGAUAUCGCUGAUAUCAGAAGCCUCAGCACACCGGAUAUCCCUCGACCAAUAUCCACUGUUAUUCAGGAGGCCCAUGCUAUCUUCGACCACCGGUCGCGAACCAACCAUACCGGCUUCUUCUCCUUCACUCCGGCAAAUGUCACGCCACUUACAUGGCUUGGGGAUGUCAUUGUUUCCGCGUUCAAUGCCCAUUGCAGUGGCUCGCUUACGGCCGCUGGCCCUUGUGCCGUUGAAACAGAAUUGAUCAAAUGGUUUUCAUCUAGAAUCCGCUUCUCAUCCACAGCAGGCGGACUCUUUGUCUCCGGCGGAUCAAUCGCAAACAUGAUGGCUAUGACAGCAGCUCGGGACCAGAAGCUAGAAUGGCAGAAUUAUUCCAAGGGUGUGAUCUACAUCGCGCGUCAAGCGCAUUAUUCAGUCUUUAAAGCAGCUCGAAUCCUGGGAUUCCAUAGCAACCAAGUCCGUACCGUGGACUCGGACAAUUUCGGUCGCUUAAACUCCGACUGCCUCAAGCACCUCAUCCAAAACGACAAGCGAAACGGUCUAAUCCCCUUCCUCGUCAUUGCUACAUUCGGGUACACGGAAACCGGGUUAAUCGAUCCCCUUGCCACCAUCUCCGAGAUCGCCCAAAGGGAGUCUCUCUGGCUCCACAUCGACGGAGCCUACGGCGCCUCGCUCUCCUUCUCGCUCAACAGGUCGAGUCUAGCCACGCAGCUCAGCACCGCAGACAGCGUAUCCUGGGACGCGCAUAAGCUUCUCUUCCAGACCUAUGGGUGUGGCAUGCUCCUCGUCCGAGACAAGUCGCAUCUCGUCUCCAGCUUCCACGCUCAGUCUUCUUUCAUGGAUCAUACAUCUCGCGUCAAGGAAGACGAACCCGAGCUCUGGGAUAUGGGGGUGGAAUUGACGCGUCCGUCUCGGGCCAUGAGUUUGUGGUUCACAUUGCGUGUUUUAGGAACUGAGAGGAUUGGACAAUUGAUUGAUCAUGGAAUGGACCUUGUGGGGUUGAUUCAGCUGAAGCUGGAGGCAAUGCAUGGGUGGGAAAUCAUCACUCCAGCGUCGUUGGGGAUUAUCACAUUCAGAUAUAAUCCGACACAGCGUAAGGGACAGGAUGAGAAGCUGGAGAAGAUGAAUAAGGAUAUCUCACGGAUUUUGCUCGAUACAAACACGGCGGCUGUCAUGACAGUUAGGGUGAAUGGUGUUUUAGCGUUACGGAUUUGUUGUACGAAUGUGCGAUUGACGGAAGAGGAUGUGCUAGAGUUGAUGAGGAGUAUGGGUGAAGUCGCAAGCAAGCUGAGUAGUGCAUGAAUUAGUUAUAUUGUUGAGAUAUAGAUGAUCACAAAGUUAGUCCUUAGAAUGAACGAGCUGGUACGGAUCCUCA